GAGCGACGAGAUCAAAGUGUUUGUUUAUCAUCUGUGAAUUGUCAAAUAAUUCAGUUUAGUAUUUUGCAAAAGAAUUUCGGAGGUAAAAAUAUUUCUACUAUAAUGCCCUACAAAGCUUGUGUUUAUAAAGGCUGCGAAAAUUACACAUAUGAUUGCGCUCCUUGUGGCAAUAAAAAAUUUACCCUUUUUCGAUUCCCAAAAGAACCCGCUCGAUAUGAACAAUGGAUGAAAAGAGGUAAAGUUACCGAUGGAUUGCCGGAAACACAAAUGCUAAUGUGUUCCGAUCAUUUUGAAGGAAAAUAUAUUGUAAGAAACGCCCGGCGAACAAUGUUGACAAACACAGCGGUGCCACUUCCGUAUCACGAAGAAAUCGCUGAUAUGGAGGAAGGCGAGGAUAAUAUCGAAAGGGAAUGUGAAGUUGGGCUGGUGAAAGUAGCUGAUGCCUUAGACACAGAAAUGGUGUUUUCAAUACAUGGUGACUUAAAUGAUAGUUCUACUCUCAUUAGAGUUAAAGAAAGUGGUUGUGAGGAUGAUGAUGAAGAUGGAUUGCUGGAGUAUGACAGAGUAGAUCAUAACUUAGAAGCAGAAUACUGUGUUGAAUCCACAACAACAAUGAAGGAUGCUGAUGAUGUACAGACAGAAGUGAAAGACAUAUUUUUAGUGGAUAGAGUAUAUGAAGAGGAACAUUUAUCAGGUACAAUAAGACAUCCAGGACAAAAAGAGAUUUCCUUCAAGGGUUUAAAACCAAAUAGUAUCAAAAGGCGCAUAACAAAUUCGAGCACCGAUGAAACCCAAGAACCCUCUAGCUCUAAAGUUAUCACAUCCAAGUUUAAUAACUUUAACAACACUAACGAUAAUGGUAUAAAAGCUUCCAAACGCAAAAUAAACAAAAGAAGUGAGGAUACUAACAAAUGUGUUAAAUCAAAAAUCCGAAAAGAAAAUGAAACACAACAAGACUCUCCAAAAAUAAACUCGGAAUCCAUGGUGAAUUCGGGAGCUGUCACAUGUUUCAUUUUUAAGGGUGAAGAAUACGUACAAAUGCCUAAGGAGUAUUACAUACAGGAAAAAGUGGAACUUAUGGAGAAAUUGAAUAAUUAUGAAAAUAUUUUACGAACAUUUAAACAAAACUUACUUGAUUUGGAUUUGUCAUAAAAAAAAUUCGGAG